AUGGUUGCGCUUCUAGACCUAAUGGAGCGGAUAAGCAAGGAGAUGGGGCUUUUCAUAAACAGGUCCAAAACCAAGGUCAUGGUGGUGGAUAGGUCUGGAAAAUUGGAACUUACUGGCGCAUUGGACCUAGAUAUAGUGGACAACUUUAACUACGUGGGUUCCAACAUCAGUAACAAUGGCUCGUGCGAGAAGAAAGUGCGCCGAAGAAUUAGCAUGGCCAAGAGUGCCAUGACUCAGCUCGGAAAAAUCUGGAGAGAUCACAACAUUCCCGUAAAGACCAAACAAAUACGGAAUCUAGUCUUCUCUGUGGUACUGGAGAAAGAUGCUCCGUAUUCCGUGGACAGCGUUUCGGACUAA